CCGGCACUCAACUUCAGCUGACGUAUCCUCAGCCGGAUAUCUUGAAUCGGAUCACCUGCUAAACAAUAUAGAAGAAGAAACUUAGUUGGUUCAAGUUGAAGUUACAGACAAAUGCUAGCAGCAGCACGAGCAGAACUCGCGUCUGGUGAUUCAGGCGCCGGCCCAAAUGGUGCCUCCACAAAACCGCCCAAGAAGCGCGUCCGCAAUUUCACGGCAGAUGAUCGAGCUGCACAUCGCAUCUUUGAGAAGAAGCGGCGAGAGCUGUUUCGAGAGCGACUUAAUGACUUGGCGAAAGAACUGCCUGCGCUAGCUGGGAAGAACCCCGCCAGGCUGUCAAAGCACGACGUGAUUGAAGAGAGUAUAAAUCGUCAUCAGUUUGAGCGUGGUGCAUGCCUGGAUGUGAUACAAGCGUAUAGAGCUAUGGUCCGGGAGCGAGAUCAGUUGUUGGCUGAAGUGAAUACCUGGCGAGCUACGGCUGGGGGGCCUGAACGUCAUGCUGCCAGCAACCAGAUGGACCUUGAUGAGUUGGGAAAGCUGGAGGCCAAAGUUCGAGGUCAACAGGCAGAAGGCCGUCGCGCUGAAGUCCAAGAUUCUGCUCCAGUAGACGCAAGCUAUACUAUCGUCAACGAUCCGACUUCUCAGCCUUCUUUCUCUCCCCCUACCAAUUCUACUCAUCCAGGACCAGUACCCCACCCAGCCUUACUAGGGAACGAAGAAGGUAGUCUGAUUUCAAGCUCUUCAUUCGAGCCAGGUGGCCCGAUAUCUGACCCGAACGCCUUUCUGAACACGACCAUGGCAUUGAUGGAAACGCAACAUUUACCGAACCAAGCUAUGAUGAUGCCACUAAAGAAUAUGAGCGACCCCAGCGCCGAUGCGAUUACAGAACCGCAAUUGGAGAACGGCAGGCCCAUCUCCAAUAUGCACGACUUCUUUGCGGACACUUCAGCCGAUCACAUAUCUCUCGCAGACUGGGGCACGGAUUUUCCUCUUUCAGCGAUGGACUUUGGGCCAGAUACGACACUUCAACAAUAUUGUUUCUAGUACUCUUGGCAACUUGUUUUGCUGGUCAAUUUCAGGCGAUAUGGAGCCCUGUCUACACUUUGGCCAGCAUAGCCUCAACCUUGGCCUUGCUUCGCUCUUCACCACCAAUAAACAGUGUCAGCGCAUCUGCCAAACGAGUUUUGGUAGCUUCGUCAGCUUCAUUCGCUUUGUCAAUCUCAGCACCGCCAUUAGCAAGAUAAUUGACAUCAGUGCUGGCCAACUUUCCAUCCCAGUCUGGGCCAGCCAAGGGAUCGAUAGAGAGGAGCUUUGUGAGACGCUCCGGCAGUGGAUUGGCGUUCUUGUAGGCAUGGACAGGUUUGGGUAGGCCUUCUCCAGGUUGCUUGGAAGCAUCAUAGGGAAGCUUAGAGAGCUUCUCGAGGACGGUAUGGGAAAUGGUGGCGGAGUGGCACCCCAUUUCACCAGCUGCCAUAGCCUCUUGAGGCGUGAUGAAGCUAGGGAUCGUCAGAAGGAAACUCGGAUUGGUGAAUCUUUCUUACCUGGCGUUCUUCACGAGGGGUUGUUCCUUUCCGGUUUCCUUGUAAAGUCGUUUGUAUGUCUCAAGAAUCUGAACGAUGCGCGGAGAAUUUGGGUGCUCCAGCGCAGGGUCAGCAACGUCUGGCCAAAGAGAUAGCUCAUCGUGCGCCCGAGUUUCUGUAGUUCUGUGUUAAUUCUAUACUUCUACUGCUUGU